AUGAGUAAUCCUGGAAAUAUACCACCAAUUAUUCAACCAACCGGAACCCAACGAGAACCUAACCUUGAACAAAAUGUCCAACCCCAAAACCAACCUCAACAACAACAUCCACCCCGAUCCGUGAGAAGCGGAUUCACAACUCCUCACCGAACUGGAACACCAACCUUUGUUGGAGAAGGAUCAAGGUAUACGGAGUCGGUGUAUGAAAUGGUUGAUAAUUGGAAUGAUGGGAGGUUUGAUAAUCAUGAUGAUGGAUAUGAUUGGAAUGAUGGAGAUGAUUAUGGGCAACCACAAAACAUUCAAUAUCCUCAAUUUAACCAACCUCAAUACAUCAACCCAAUAAUUCCUCAAGGACCACCACCACGUCACUACCGUCGUGGAGUCCCACCCAUUAACCAACCACACAACCGUGCCAUGCCAAACAUGAACUAUCAACCUCCACCACAAGGAGUUGAUAGUCAUUUCCGACCCGCCAUAGCCGUUAAUGCCUCACCUAUAGUACCACCGGUGUUGAGGGGUAGAGCUUUUGAAGUUAGACCUCAAUGUUUGAGUAUUCUACCGAGUUUCUAUGGUAAAGCAACGGAGGAGCCUUAUUUGCACUUGUCGGAGUUCGAGGCUAUUUGUGGUACCAUUGGAGGGUCAAGGAUUUUCUCCGAAUGA